AUGACUACUUCUCUCUCUUAUUCUCUACCGUUUUUAUUCCCUUUUUCUUUCUCUCCUACUUUCAAAAUAUUCUCUCUCACACACUCUCUCUCUCUCUCUCUUUCUCUCUCUAGUCGUCCCUUUUCUUCAUUCCUGAUUUAUUCUCAGUUUCCCAAAUUGUGGAUUCCUUUCCGAAAACCUUAUAAAUACCUCAAAACUUCAAGGUGCACAAAUGCCUCAAAACUUCAAAAUUAUUUCCCAUUUACUUUCUUCUUCUUCUUCUUCUUCUUCUUCUUCUUCUUCUUCUUCUUCUUCUUCUUCUUCUGUUGCUCCUCCUUCUCUUUCUCAUUUUUACUUUCUUAUGCUUUUACUGUUGCCGCUGCUCCCCCUCUUCUUAUUCCUCUACCUACUCCUGCUGCUACUCUUCUUCUUCCUCUUCCUCUCCCCACCACCUUCUUCUGCUACUGCUGCUUCUCCAAGUCCGUCUGCUCCUUUUUCUUUUUCUUUUUUCUUCUUCCUUUUACGCCUUCUUUUUCUUCUUCUAAUGCUGCUGGUCUUUUUCUGCUGCGCCACCUCGCCCCUUCUUCUUCUUCUUCUUCUUCUUCUUCUUCUUCUUCUUCUUCUUCUUCUUCUUCUACGGUUGCUGCUGCUGAUGAUGAUGAUGAUGAUAAUGAUGAUCACGAUGAUUCUACUCCCUUCCCCCUUCUCCUCCUCCCCCUCUUCUUUUUCUUUUUGCUGUUGCUGCUGAUGAUGAUUUUCCUCUUUUUCCCCUUCUUCUUCUUCUUCUUCUUCUUCCAGAACCUUUAUCCAGAACGACAAACAAUUCCACAUCCAUCCUGA